AUGGCCGAUGCUGCAGCUCUGUUCUUGGCAAAGGGCAAGGCAUUGAGUGCAAAGCUUCCUGGCACAGGCAAUGCAAAUGUGGCUCCGGAGAAACCGGCCAAGCGGCGGGGGCUCUAUGAUGAUGAUUCUCUUGAGACUCCAGCACCACAUGGUCUUGCAGCUGCCCCUUCAAAGGUGGAUCAGGGUGACAAACCGCAGACCACACGGACUCUGAAGAGGGAAGCAACGGAUCGUUAUGAGAAAUCUUACUCAGGAGGGUUGCAAAAGGAACUGUUCCCUCGUGGUAAAAGUUUCCUGGACCAAUCCAAGUACCCUGAUGCCCAGCCCCAAAAUGAGUCGAUGGACUUGGAUGCAGAACCGGACCCAAUAGAGGAAGCAAACGAAGAUGAGUUGGAAGGAUUGGGGGAUGAAUGUGAAGGUGGGGAGGAGGAACAACCAUAUGAAGAGGAUUUUCCAGAGGAACAACAUGCCACUGAGGAACAGGAGGAUGAUGAACAGGAGGAUGAUGAACAGGAGGAUGAUGAACAGGAGGGGCAUGAGCCGGAGCAGGAGGAUGAGGAUGAUGAACCCGCAGAGGAAACCCCAAUGAAAAGGCCAGCUGCCCGUGCCCCUGCACCAGUUGCCAAGGGAAAAGCGGCAUCGAAAGCCAAGGCGAAAGCAGUUGUGAAAAAGUCUCCCAAGAAAGCUGCAAAGGCCAAGGCCAAAUGCAAAGCAUCACCACCUAAGAAAACGAAGAAAGACAAGAAAGGGAAGGACAGAGAUGCAGAAGAAAAAGAGCAGGAUGAAGAGCAGGAUAAAGAGCAGGAUGAAGAUCCGGCAGCAGCACUCAAAAGGGCAGAGACACAAGAGUUGGAAGUGGAGAAGGAAAAGCAGGCAAAGUUUAAGGCUUAUAAGGCAAGAAAAGAAAGCCCGUUGAGCCCACCAGAGAUCGUCCAGAAGUACAAGGAUAACAAAGGAUGCCGUGACACCUACGCCCUCUUGUGGGAGGAAUGGCUGCACUCCAACGGUGACUGGUCCCGCAGCUCCUACGUGACAUCUUUGCAGAAGGUCUCAUCCACUGAGGAAGAAACUGAGGCUCAGAAGGAGCGGCGUUUGAAAAGGGAACGAGAGCAAGAGGAGAAGAAACAGAAAAAGGAGCAGGAACGUGAAAACAAACGCAAGGAACGCGAGGAGGAAAAGGAAAAAAUCCGAGAUGCCAAGAAGGUUGCGGGCCAGCUCACCAGCAAGAUCAGCGAUGUGAGGCCAAACAAGAUCUUGUCGGAAUCCCUGGUCAAAAGUUAUGAUAAACAGAUGGCACAGCUGCAGAGAGUCCGAGAUGCUUUGCAAAAUGGCAUCGACCGGAACGAAGAAGCAGGCUUGAAGAAGCUUGUCCAAGCGGGUGAAAUCGCACUGAGGAACUACAAAGCCUUUUUGGAACAGUUCAAAUGCUAG